CGUUUGUUUUGUUUUCAAAAAACAUUUAUUAUGUAUUACAUUGUUUAUGUAUUAAUAUUGCAGUGACCAUUAAAAACGUUACUGCAGAAUUAAAGUAUUAAGAGUAUUAAUAGUUAUGGCUGAGCUUUAAUUAAAUUGAACAAAUUUCCGUCUACGCAGAAAAGAAGGGACACACGCACACAACCAAAUGCACACGUAGGGGGAGGAGGCGAGAGCAAAAGCAAAUGCGAACAAAAAUACAAUCCCAAUUCCAACUGGCGGCUUAUCAGCAGCAGCAGCAGAAAGAACAAAAGUGGAGACCAAUAACACACUAAUUAAACAAAACUAGCAAAGCCAUUAUUACUCACAAGUUGGCUGGCGGAAAAAGCGAACGCGAACCCAGAAACGGCGAAACACUUAUUCUGACGUGUCAGUCACAAGUUUUGGUUUGUUAGCAUUGUAGGCAUAAUGUGUGGCUCUACGAACACGGCUACCGGCACGGGUACGCGUGCGCUCAUCCUGGUCGGUGGCUAUGGAACACGACUGCGACCUCUGACCCUGAGCACGCCCAAACCAUUGGUAGAGUUUGCCAACAAACCCAUUUUACUGCAUCAGCUGGAGGCACUCGUCGAUGCGGGCUGUCGUCAGGUGAUAUUGGCCGUCAGUUAUCGUGCCGAGCAAAUGGAGCAGGAGCUGAAAGUGGAGGCCGAAAAACUGGGCGUUGAACUGAUUUUUUCACAUGAAACCGUACCCCUCGGCACAGCCGGUCCACUGGCACUCGCCAAGCCCAUCUUAACGGCCAGUUCGGAACCGUUCUUUGUGCUGAACUCAGAUGUGAUCUGUGAUUUUCCAUUUAAGCAAUUAGUUCAAUUUCAUCGCAAUCAUGGCAAAGAGGGUACAAUUGUGGUCACAAAAGUUGAGGAACCAUCCAAAUAUGGUGUCCUGCUCUACGAUGAGGUCGGCUGCAUUAAAAAUUUCAUUGAGAAGCCCCAGGAGUUUGUGAGCAAUAAAAUCAAUGCCGGCAUUUAUAUAUUCAAUCCAUCGGUGCUGGAACGGAUCGAGGUGAAGCCCACCUCUAUCGAGAAGGAGGUUUUCCCAGCCAUGGCAGAGCAAAAGGAACUCUAUGCCAUGGAGUUAAGUGGCUUCUGGAUGGACAUCGGGCAGCCAAAAGAUUUCCUAACUGGCAUGUGCCUAUACCUCACCUCGCUGCGUCAAAAGCAAUCGGCCAAGCUUUAUACUGGUCCCGGCGUUGUGGGCAAUGUGCUUGUGGAUCCAACGGCCAAAAUUGGCGAGGGUUGUCGUAUUGGACCGAAUGUAACCAUCGGCCCCGAUGUCAUCAUCGAGGAUGGCGUUUGCAUCAAACGCUCAACGAUACUGAAGGGCUCAAUAGUGAGGUCGCAUUCGUGGCUGGACUCCUGCAUUGUGGGCUGGCGUUCAACGGUCGGGCGUUGGGUGCGCAUGGAGGGCAUCACAGUGCUUGGCGAGGAUGUCAUUGUCAAGGACGAGCUGUAUAUUAAUGGCGGGCAGGUGUUGCCGAACAAAAAUAUUGCGGCCAGUGUGCCAGAGCCUCAAAUUAUUAUGUGAGAUGCCAUGACUAGCCAGCUUCUAAUUCUGAAUAGUGUAUAUGUAUAUAUAUAAAUUAUAGUCUUGAGUCCCAUAAUGGCCUUCGAUUUAGUGUUUAAGCUCUGCAAUAUUUCUACAUUUCCAUUAUAUUUGAUAACAUUGAUAAAAUGUCUAUAUUUAUAAUUUGAA